AAUCAUGCUAGCUGGAAUAAUUGAAAUCCAUACAGCAAGCAGGUUAGCAGCAAAGUGAUGUUUUUGAGUCACCUACGGUAUGCACCGUGUGCUUCACUAUGCACAGCGUCGGACUGACAGUAGGGCGGAAACCGUGCGAAGGCAUUGCGCAGUUUGGGAGCUCGCAACACCUGACGUUUGAUGGGUAUGUAAUUAAAUGGGAGGGCGCCCCGAUACUCGAUACUGCUACCUCAAGGGUGGUAAUAGUACGACUCGCGAUAUCGCUUCACACCCUUAACCACCCAGCACGUCGUGGUGCAGUGGGGUGUCAGUUGUGGUUAGCGCCGUGAAAACAAUCGAUCGAUCGAUAACAAACAACAACACUCGCCAUGGAAAACCCACCUGCGGACGUUCCGAUGGACAACGGUGACAAAGAAGAUGCGAAAAUCGUCAAAACCAUCUUGCACGCCGGGACGCGGGUGGUACCUUGUCGUGACGGUACCAAGGUGAGGUUCCACUAUCAGACGAGGAAAUGCGACCCGGAGGGUACUCUGAUCGACGACAGCCGUGCCCGGCAGAAGCCGAUGGAGCUGGUGCUGGGCAAGAAGUUUAAGCUUGAGGUGUGGGAGUCGAUAGUGCAGCAGAUGGCGCUAAACGAGGUGGCCAAGUUUCGCUGCGACCGCUCCCUGGUGCAGCAGUAUCCGUUCGUUGCGAAGACCAUACGCGAUUCGGAGAAGGCACGCGAAGAACGGAAACACUGCUGCGGUAUGACGGUGCAGAACGAGGGCCUCGGCUACAAAGACUUGGAUGAGCUGUUUACUAACCCGCAGGAUCUCGAGUUCACCAUCGAGAUACUGUCGGUUGAGAGCGCAGGCGAAUACGAGCAGGAAUCAUGGCAGCUGAGUGACGCAGAAAAGCUGCAGCUUGUGGGGAAGCUACGCGAGCAAGGCAACCAAGCCUACAGCGAGCAGCGUUACACGGCCGCCCUCGACGCAUACUCCCGCGCAACCGGCAUCAUCGAGCAGUUGAUGUUGAAGGAAAAGCCUAACGAACCCGAGUGGUGCGAGCUGGCACAGCUGAAGGUUCCGUUGUUGUUGAAUUACUCACAGUGCAAGCUACUGGAGAAGGACUACUACGCAGUCAUAGAGCACUGCACCGAGGUGCUGAAGUACGACAUAAAGUGCGUGAAGGCGCUAUUCCGGCGCGGCAGGGCACACGCCGGGGCUUGGAAUCUGGACCGAGCCCGAGCCGACUUUGAGCGAUGCGCCCAGCUUGACGCCAGCUUGCGGAACGCAAUCACCAAUGAGCUGUCCAAGUUGCAGGAACAGGCCCGACUGCGAGACGUCGACGAUAGGCUGAAGUACCAGAAGCUUUUUCCACCGCUAACCCCAGCUCAAUGAUUUUAAGCCAUUGUCUAAAUUUCGUUCCUGCCCUUCCUUCCCUGUUGCCAAGUUCCUUCCGUUUGCUGAUACCCUGAUCCUAGCACCGCUGACCUGCGUUACGUUUCUCGUUUAUAAAUCAUUUUUAUUUUAACUUAUGAAUAUUUAAAGAAACACGCAUGCUGUACGCAAUAUGUAUUACGGCAUAGCUGCAAUGUUUGGUACCUCACAGCAAUAGGUGUACAACUCUAACAUCUUUGUACAUUUACGUUUUUUUAAUGUUUAAACUUCUUGCAUAUUUAUUACUAAUUGUGAAACGGUUUGCGCAAAAAAAAUGUUUUAAAUAGUCUUAGUGAAAAUAGUAAAAAUAAACCUUCUACGUAGAGCUGCACACACGUAGA